AUGAAUUCCUCCUUGGAUAACACUCCUUGGUUUGACGACAACAAACUGAUUUCUCAGUCUCCCAUCCUUAUUGGUGAAGCGGCAGACGAGCAUUCACGACUCAGUUUCGUCAAAUCAUCGGAUCCGCAAACACCCGUGCCAUCAUAUUUUGCGCCUAAGCUAUACCACCAACGAAACAUUAGCUGGCCCUGGUGGAGUCUUUCUCGAGCGAGUUUCCUCGCCGAGGCAUCGUUGAAAUCCACCAAUCGCCGCUACUACAUUGUCGGCCAGGAUACGGUGAUGGGGACUCUGGACCAUGACGUUGUCGACCCUGAAUCUGGACCACGGUCCUCCGAGUUCUAA